GACGCCUCACCGCACUGGAGUAUGAUUUAGUGUUAAUCUUAGACGACCUCGAUCAACGUGGUACUGGUAACCGUGGAUUGCCAUCUGAUUUCAUGACCUCGGUGCCAGUCUUGAUUCCUACGUGCAUUUGUAUCAAGAUGUCUGAGAUUCAGUAUUCAGAAAAAUACUUUGAUGAGUUGUAUGAAUACAGGCAUGUGAUAGUUCCUAAAGACAUCGCCAAGCAAGUACCCAAGAACCACUUGAUGACAGAAACUGAAUGGAGAAACAUUGGACUGAGACAGUCUCCUGGGUGGAUGCAUUAUCUUGUUCAUGCACCAGAACCUCAUGUGCUGCUGUUCCGAAGACUAUUGCCAAAGACUCAAAUAGAACUUCCUGUUGCCCUUCACAGUAAACUCGUGACAAAUCUUUGAAUUGACAUAUGUGGAAUUCAAGCGUGGACACUGAAAUGUGGAUGAAAACUGAGACAGAGUCCAUUUUUAUGACCAUUCAAGUGUUAUCUGGAAUCCUGUCAUGGGCAUGUAGCCAAAAACAGUUCUAAAAGUGACUGCUACGAUACUGCCUUCUCAUCAUGUUGAUUGGUUUUACUGAUAAUUUGCUAAAUUCUUGUUUGACAAAUAGAGAAAGAUAAUUGUGGAA